CCUGCGUAUUUGAAUGAAAAAUGGCGCCUUGUCGACAGUUGUAAAUUUGUUUACCAAUCUCAGUUACUGUGUACAUAGACUUUUUUUAAUUGAUUCGAACAGUUUAUAGGAAAUAGCGAACAAAAGAACUAUAUUAGUGUAAAUAUGAAGUGUCAGGACUGUAUUCAAAUAAAAUUAGUGUGGUUAGGAGUGAUAUCCUUGAUAUGUAAAAGUUUAGGCGAGACUCACCACAAAACGAAAGGAGCCACAGAAAAACAACAUGAUCUGUGGUGCUACAAAUGUAAUACGAUGGUGGAUGGUGAACGAUGUCUUGAGAUGGAUGGCAACAACUAUACCAGCAUGCAUCAUAAAUGCUCGAGAGAACAGAAAAAAUGCCAGGUUCAAAGGAUAUCGAUGUCGACCAGCACAGACGAAGUCACGGGCAAGCCGACGUUGUGGCUCCUGCAACGCAAUUGCAUCGAGAGCUGCGAGCCCGGUUGCAUCGUCAUCGGUGAACGCACCAAACUCCAUUCCUGCAUAACUUGCUGCGACGAGCACAAUUACUGCAACGCGGGCAACUCCGCUCCAGCGUUCGCUGCUUGUCGAAUUUCGUCCUUUCUAAUUAUAAUCACUUUUAUCCUGCAGCUAGCAAUUGGAAAUGGAAUACAAGAGACGAAGCGGCCUAAGCUCUGUCGCAGAUAACGGCGGGCUAAUUUAAUUGGAAAAUAAACUAUUUCUGACGUAGAGUUCCGAGUGAUUAUCUAUCAUUCAUUACAAGGGAACGGAAUCCCAAGUACAGUUUAAUUGAAUGUUUUACGAAUGUUUUAUUGAAACACUGUUUUUGAAUUAAACGUUUUAGAAUACUUACAUAA